AGUGAGUGGAAAGAGUCUAUUAUGUAAGUGCGCAGUCAGUGAUGGAUGUUCACUUGAUGCGGAUCCUGCCUAUGGUUGCCAAAGUGAUGACGAGUCAGCUGCCUUAGAAUGUGACUGUUCAACAUGUACCUGCAGCAAAGGUACUGAGGAAUAUCUAUAUCAACGCUCUAUUGAGACAAAGCUGCCGAUAAGUGAAUCUGAAGAAGAAAAUAUCAAAGCAGCUAUAGGCGACAGUAAGGAACUUGCCGAGGCAUUAGCAGAACUAAUUAAUGGUAUAACAAAACUGAUGACACGUUUUGAGAAAUAUAUGGAUGCUUUCUUUGAUUGGUUGAGGGUUUUGAUCAUUGGAGAAUGUACCGAUUUAAGAAAUAAAUAUAGCGAUGCACAACAGGAGGUCGAAGCGGCUCUUGUAAUACUUCAGGAAGCAAAGAAUUUUCGUAAUAGAAAAACAAAUUGGCCAAUGGAGAGUUUAAAGAUUGUACAGGACAAGAUUGAUGAAUUGCGAAAAUUGGAAUUCGAAUUAAAUCAAGUACUAUGGAAAAUUGACGCAGAAAGGAAAAAGACAGGAGUCAAGUGCCUAACAGAUAGCCAUUGUCCAUCUGACGCAAACUUUCCUGAACGCAUAUACUGCAAAUCUGACUGCAAGUGCCAUGAAUGUAGAAAUGAAGGAGACUGCAAACACCCCAAACCAAAAUGUAAUGAAAACGACGAUGAGAUCAUGGUUUGUGGAGAUCCUCAUAUUAAACAGACGAUCCGAGGAACUGAUCGUAGGUUCUGCUACAACAUCUAUGGUUCUCCUGAUUCAACAUAUUUGUACCUUCAUGACAAGGAUUUUGAUGUUCGUUCCACAUUGAUAAGUGUCAUCGCACAUGAUGGAGAACUCGCAAAAUAUGUUGGAAGUAUUCGAAUAACCAAAGGACGCGUGGUAAUAAGAAUUGAUCCUUAUAUUGUCCGUGUUGAUGAUAAUGGAAAGGUGACGAAACAACUAUGGAAAUACGGUGAACUGAAAUUUGACAAUGGCCAUGAAAUGGUUGUAUUCGACAGUGAUACAACUUUAAA